CGCCUCAUGAACGUCAGUGUGCAAGAAACAGAAACAACAAAAAUUUGCAACUAUCGCCGGUUUCUGGAAUAAAUCAUACAAGUUAGUUAAAAUUCAUAAUGUUUGAACGCUAUUUAGCAGCCCUAGAAUACCCUGCCCAGGGAGGAAUAAAUAUAGAUGACCCUAAGGAAUUCCGCAACAUUGUUCUUUGGCUUGAGGAUCAAAAAAUCCGCUAUUACACGAUCGAAGAUCGAGCCAACCUCCGCAAAGUGGGCUCAGCAGCCGAUUGGGACCCAGCGUACGAAAAGUUCAAACUAGAUCUCAAAUUUCCCACUAAUCUGAAAUCAAAGGUGGAAGAGCUUACGUGGUUGUUUCUAUACGCGAUAAAGCUAGAAUAUUCGGACAAUUCCGACCGGUAUCGAUCCAUAACAGCUGCUAAAAAAUUGGAAGAAAAAAAAGCAACAGCUGCCCCGGAAAUUAAAUCUACCAAUCCAUUCGACAACUUAGAUUUCACAAGUUCUGAUUUCGAGGAAGGUUCUCGGAAGUUAGCGGAAAAGCUAGGCGUAGCUUAUCAUCCUGAUUAUUUAAUGUCGCUGAGAUCGGCAGCGCGUGUAAUUUCAACGACGUUUAAUAAGGAAGCUUUAAAGGAACCGAUCAUUACUGGCAAGCCAUUCCCAAUCGACGAAGGAAUCGGUAUGGGCUUUGGAAAGGAUCCAGAUCUAGAGAAGGCGGCUAGAAUCCUUAGGUUAUUACAAAUCCAAAGUUUGCGCAAACUUCAAACGACAAUCAAUGAAACUAUCGUUGCUGUGCAAAAUAUCACCGCAGAUCCACGCACCGAUACCACUCUGGGAAAGGUAGGAAGAUAAGGAGUUCGGAUGUGUUUCCAAUUACUUCGCGUGUGUAUCUUAUUUAAUAAAUAUUUCAUAACGGUAGAAAAAUAAACAUUACUUUUGCAUUGACUCAA